UUGGCUUACCCACCGUUAUGAUCCGGCUUGACGUUAGGAAAACACCACUGUAGCACUGCUUUUGGAACGAUUACGUACAGUUUGAAAAUAUCAAAUAAUAUCAACAGUUUGGUUCAUGAACGAUCAAUGAUGAAAAAGAUGUCCAAGUUUUCGGGAUUAAAAAGUGGUCGGAAUUUGCGAUCCAGCAAAAACAUCGAUGAUGUGGAAAGUGUUGACAAAAAAGAAGUAACUUCAAAGUAUUUUGUCGCCGAGAUACUCGAGCCAAAAACUGACAAUGCAAAAAAACGUCGUUCGGUGGAGAUUAAGUACGAUGAAGUAAAGAGAGAAAAGAAGAAUCCUGAUGAUAACAAUGAGAAAAGUGAUGAAAAAUGGGCUCCGGCGAAUUGGGAAAAAACUCUAGAUUACAUAAAAGAAAUGCGUAAAUACGGUACAGCACCCGUUGAUGUUAUGGGCUGUGACAGUUGUGCUGAUCCAACAGCAAGCGCGUCAGUAGGAAGAUAUCAAACUCUUCUUGCUCUUAUGCUUAGUAGCCAAACAAAAGAUCAAGUAACUCACGCCGCUGUGGAACGUCUGAAAGCUCAUGGCUGUACACCACAACAUCUGGUUGAUACCCCUGAAGAUGUUCUUGGUAAACUAAUCUAUCCUGUUGGAUUUUGGAAGCGUAAAGCACAAUAUAUCAAGAAAACUUCCGAAAUUUUGAUCAAGGACUACAAUAGUGACAUUCCAAACACAAUAGAAGGACUAUGUGCUUUGCCAGGUGUCGGACCAAAAAUGGCUCACAUCUGUAUGCAAGUAGCUUGGAACGUAACAUCAGGAAUAGGAGUCGAUACUCAUGUGCAUAGAAUAUGCAAUCGUCUUGGCUGGGUGAAAAAAGAAACAAAAACGCCAGAGAAAACGAGACAAGAAUUGGAGUCGUGGUUGCCAAAAAAUCUGUGGAGCGAGGUGAAUCAUCUGUUGGUCGGAUUUGGUCAAGAAAUAUGCUUGCCACGGUUCCCACAAUGCAAGGAAUGCUUGAAUAGAUCGAUUUGUCCAUGGGCCAAGAAAAACGCAAAACAUUAAAGUAUUAAGUUAUUGGCAAGUCCUAUUACGAUUAUGGUACAAAAAAAUAACAGUAUUGCUCGGUAUUAUACACAAUUUAGAAUUUAUAGGUGCUGCAAAAUUUAUUAACAAAAAAAACAUUAUCAAAUUGUUCA